UAACCAACAGCAACCAGACCAGGGGCGGACUGACCAUUUGGGAACUCGGGCACUGCCCGAGGGCCCGGGGUCAGUAGGGGGCCCCAUGAGAUGCCCCUGGUACCUUUCAUAGGCUUUUUUGGGUGUGGUUUGAGUGUGGGUGAGGACACGGGGCCCCAUGAUCCCCUAUUGCCCGGGGGCCCCAUGAGUUGUCAGUCCACCCCUGAACCAGACUGAACCUUUCAUGGAAAGGAUGAUGGGUCUACUGUGGUUUCAGCAGGAGAUUUGUGUACUUUGUUCUUCAUUUAAUGCCUGAAUACUUUUUAAAACUC